AUGUCUUCCACCGAAGGCGACCCUAAACCGCCAGUCAAAUCCGCGCACGCAGCACCAGAAGGAGAAGAGCUGAAGCAAUGGAACACUUCAGUCCUCGCCAUGAUCGACAAGCGUAUCGACCUCUACCCACGACCGCUUCCAUACAACCGAAGAGUAAGGGCCACUCGCGCGGUGGUUUUACUACUCGGCAGGAUCAGGCAACUCUGGAGGAACCUGCUUCGUACCUGGCGUAGCAAAUUUGCGUUGGCAUCUUGGUUCGUGGAUGUAGAACAAGACCAGCGCCCAAUAUUCCUGGAUCCAGAUCGCAUCGUCACUGCAAUCGAGAAGGCGGGCCAUGUCCCUGAACUCGUUGAGAACAUCAUUCGCUUCGCCGAUACAGAGACCCAGAUGCACGCUGCCUGGAACGUUUCAACUCUCUGGAGACAUACCGUCGCGCAUAUUAUGACCACUCCAAACUCAUUUCGUCCAUCACUUCCAUACGAAGUUGUGGAGCGUGGCAGUACGCAGAAUCUGGAUGCGAUCGGUGGUCUUCCCGAGCCUAGUGACGAGGAUUUCCAGAAAUUUGAGCAAGAGAUGCUGCUCUUACGUGAGUUCCAGGCAUCAAGAGACGCUGAUGUCGCCGCACGAGAUUACUCAUGGUCCGGGAUAUAUCGACCUUACUGGCCGGCUCGCAUUUACUCGUCGAAGGCUCUACCUGAUCAUCUCAAGACCUUGUACCAUUUGGUCAGCAUUCGCUAUUCGUUGGACUCAAAAACAAAUGGGUGGCGCGACUUCACACAGUUCAAGAUGAACCCUUACUUCCAAACUGUGUUCGUACGGCAGUUAACGGAGUCUGUCGGAGUGUAUGAGUUCAAAUUUCAGCCAUUGGACCGAAUCGAGAACCUCGUCUUUGGAACCACCCCUUACCUAGGAGCCUUUCGUGGACUAGUUGGCCCUAUGCAGUUGAUACAGCCGCCCUGCAAAGCGAUAGAGCUGCGUGUCCAAGUACCAUUUCAGCAUCCGGAUACUACUAGGGAUUUCGGAUUUCCAUUAUCUACCUAUGAUUCGAUGGGCACUAUUGUACACGUACUGAACUCAAGCGGCAUAACGUGCGAACAGCUAUGCAAAGCGCUCGAGGAAUGUGCCGAGAUGGUGCUGUGGCAUUGGCGAAUCUGCGCGGAUCAGUUCCGAGAGAACGUCCUCGGGUUAGAACACUACACGAAUGGCAUAUGGACUUUGCGCGGAAGACCAACGAUAUACAUUGUAUUGAGCGACAUUCGCCCUCGCACGUUGAACGUACCUUCCAGUACCAUCAACGUACCUUCUAUUAUCGACCGCCAGCUGGAAUGGAUCCCGAAGGAGUUGGUUCGGACGAUAGAGCACGUGGAAAUUCGUGAUGGAAGGCUUCGGCGAUACCCCGCUGAUCUAAAGAGUUGA